AUGUUAAGUGAAAACAACAGUUCUUUCGACGAUACAACAGUAUUACCUUCUGAAAUUGCCAUUCCUCGUCAAAUUCGUUUUUGGAUUAUUCUUCUCUUUUGCAUUCCAUCGGUUAUUUGUUCUUUGUUCAUUUUCUAUCAAUUUAUUGUCCAUCCAAGAUUACGGCAGGCUCUACAUAAUCAUGUUAUUGCUCUUCUUCUUUUCAUCAAUUUUAUUUUUCAACUAACAAGUAUCCUAUGGAGUCUUAAUUACUAUCGUUUGGGAAAUGUUUGGCCAGAAAAUUCUUUCUUUUGUGUCACAUGGGCUUUUAUUGAUGAAGCUUUCUAUAUUACAACAGCAAUUCUAUUUGCUUGGGCAACCAUUGAACGACAUAUUUUUAUCUUUCAUGAUUAUUUAGUAUCAACAAAAUAUAAAUUGAUUUUUUUUCAUUAUUUACCACUGGCUAUACUUCCUCUCUAUUGUAUCUGUUAUAGCAUUAUUAUAGUUAUUUUCCCACCAUGUGAAAACACAUAUGAUUACAAUCAAAUUACAUGUGGUAAUCCUAUUUGUUAUUAUGAAGUUCCAACAGUAGGAAUGUGGGACGUUAUAGUGAAUGAUAUAAUACCUACAAUAGUUAUUAUUUUAUGCAGCAUUGCUCUUCUUUUACGUGUCUUCUAUCAAAAAUAUCGAAUACAUCAACAAAUUCAUUGGCGGCGUCAUCGAAAGAUGACGAUUCAAGUAUUAUCAAUUUCAGCUCUGUAUCUUUUCAUAUACUUCCCAAAUGUGUUACUGGAAUUCAUUGAUCUUUGUGGCAUUUCUGAAGAAGCUGAUGCCGAUUUUAGAUUAUAUGCUGAAUUCUUUGAAAAUUAUGGCACUCUUUUAUUACCUUUUGUAUGCACUAUAUCGAUGUCUGAACUUAGAAAACAAAUUAAGAAAAUAAUUCCAUAUUGCCGAAAACAAACACGAGCAGUUGGCCCUCAAAGAUUAGCAUUAUCGCGUCGUGUAGUUGGUCCAUAA